AAAAAUCUGGUUAGCGAACGAGUGGACAGUCCUCUGAUGGGCGUAAAAGCUGAUUGAUAAAAACAAAAUCGCUUAAAUUUAUUAGUUUGGGGGGAGGGAUCAGGAUCGAAAGAACCGGGAGCAUGUCGGAGCUGAAGGCCCCGUCGCUGCAAUCGCUGCUGGAGUCCGAGCGCGGUUCUACGGACAGUUUGCUGGCCGAAUCUCUGCAGCUGGAUUUUGAGGAUCUUGAUGAUGCGGAGUUUGCCAUACCGCCCACCGAUGUUCUGCCGACUUUGGAGGCGGUGCUCAGUGAAUUCGAGGCGGAUUCGGAUGUGGCCUCCGAAUUGGGAAUGCCGGUGCCCCAUGCCACACCCACCCCUUCGAUUGGCGAGGAUUCCACGAUAAGAACAGAUGGUCGAGGCGGUGGCGGUUCCAUCAUGAGAUAUACUUUACUACAUGGCAUCUCUGCCCAACUCGCCUCCGCCGCGGACCGUGUUAAUGCCGGAGCAACCAGUUCCUGUGCCGUUUCCGCUUUUAUUGCGAUUGGAACAUCGCAUGGUCAUAUCCUCAACUUUGACGUCACCCAAACCCUUAGAUGGGCUCAUCAGGAUAAGCAUGGUCAGGGUGCUGUGGCUAGUUUGGCUUUUAAUGCUGACUCCACUCGGCUUUUGGCGGGUUACUCCAGAGGAUUGGUUGCCAUGAUGGACACUCAUACAGGAGAUGUCCUCCGGGAGCUGUUCGAUGUGAUAACCCCGAAUACUGGUGUCCUGCAUGUCAAAUGGACAUCUAGAUCCUCGCUAGCCUUAUGUGCCGAUGCUGGCGGUUCGGUGUGGUCACUAAGUUUCACCCGAAAACUCGGAAUCCGAGGCUGCCAGUCUAGGUGCCUCUUUUCCGGAGCUCGUGGAGAAGUCUGUGCCGUGGAGCCUCUGAUAAUGGACGCCCAAGGUCGCCAUGAGCUGGAUCAGUACUGUAUUGUGGCCCUGGCCACGCUGUCCAAGUACUUUAUCGUUACCGUGCGUCCCAGAUUGAGGGUCAUCAAAUACCAUGUGCUGCAGGGACCUCCGGAUUGCUUACCCCUUCUCGCCUGGCAUUUAGUCCUCAUUCAAGCUGCAGAUACUUCACGUUCCGUAGAUCCCGUGAUUGUUGUGGGCCGAGGAAAUCAAUUAUUCUUUCACCAACUCUUCGUCUCGAAUGGAAGGAUCACCCUUUUGUAUCUUAGACAUGUCCAACUUCAGGGAAGUCUCCUAUCUGCCCAUUGGCUGGGACCAAAGUGUGUGGCCUCGUUGGACACGUCGGAAAUACUUCACCUUGUGGACGUAAGAUCCAGUAAAGAACUGGAAUGCAUGGACAUGGCCAACGCUGGUUUAGUUUAUGGCUCGGCGCAGUUUAAGGGACUGGCCACCGGUGGAAAUGUGUCGCCUGCCUUUGCUUUGGCUGGCUCGAAUGCUUGUUAUAAUUCGGUGGUUUCAAGGGGAACGCAGCUAUAUGUUUUGGGAGCCAGAUCCCUGCAUAUUAUAGGAGUUAGGACGUGGUCCGAGAGGAUUAGCUACCUGGUAAAACACCAUCGCUGGCAGGAAGCGUGUCAACUUGCCCUAGAUGGCUAUCUCGUCUCUGUGGAUCGUCCAAGGAAACGUGCCCAAGCCAAAGAGCGUAUCAUCAUGCUCUUCAAAGAAUACAUUGCAAAUUCCGCCCGGGCACCCGAAUAUUGUCUCGGUGCCAUUGUUAACUGCUUAAUAACCAUCGGUGAACUUGAUCUUCUGUGGACCCAGCUUUGGGAGAAGUUGCACAACAGCAGCACUGAGCUCUUCCUUCAGCACAUUUCUGAACAUAUAGAGAAGGAAACGAUACAUAGUGUCAAUCCGGUGAUCUCCCAAGCCUUGGUGGAUUACUGGUUGGAACACUCUCCUGCCAAACUGGAGCAGCUUAUCCUGAAGCUGGAUUGGAUGUGCCUGGACUUGAACCAAGUCCUGAAAGCUGUUAAGAAGCACCGUUUGUAUAGAGCCCAAAUCUACCUCAAUACCCAAGCUUUGAAUGAUUAUACGGCGGCGCUGACGGAACUUCUGCCUUUGGUGACACCUGAGGAAACGGAUUUGGGGAAUUGCCUGCUGGUCUAUGUGUCCAGUUGUCUGGCAGGAAGGGGUUAUCCCAGCGGAGAAAUUCCCGUCGAGCUGGUACAUCAAGUCAAGCAUGAUGUUCUGCGUUGUCUGACUUCCCAGCAAUCCAAGGAAACUGCCGGAGAUGAGCUGCCUUAUCCGUAUCUUAGAGCUCUCCUCAAGUUUGACACGCGGGAAACGCUAAACGUGAUAUCGCUGGCGUUCCAGGAACGCGAGUUUAGCAACGAGCUGGGACUAUCGCAUCGUAAGAGGAUUAUCAAUCUUCUGCUGGAGAUAAUGUCGCCCGAGAAUGCAACGUGGGCGGAGAUCGGCUGUCUUCUAAACUUUAUAGCUCAGCAGAUAUCAAUGCAGUGCCUGCCGCGAGAUAGACAACUUCUGGAGCGUGUUCUGAGCCACCUGGCACAGGAGGAGAUUGCGAACGAGAGUAGUCGACAACAUUCCGAACGGGAGAACGCAUGGCACGAGUUGCUAUCCUCCAACUGCCUGGCGGAUAUCAGCAGCGAUGAAGAGCAACUGCAACUGGCAGACCGGGCAAGGUGUUAUUGUGUGGUGGAGUACUUGCUGGAGAAGCUUGGCCGGUACGAUACCAUCCUAGAUUGCUACAUCAAAAACGAAGCUAGGCAUGAAACGAUGUUUGCUUAUAUGGAACGCUAUGUAGCGACACCAGAGAGAUGCAUUUACCAGCAGUUAAGGAGGCAUUUAAGGCAGUUACUAAAGAUCAAUGCACAGGAAACUACUCGACUAUUGGCCUUGCACUAUCCCGAAAAGAUUCAUGAGCUUUUAGAUAACCUGAGAAAGGAGGAGGAUUUAUUAUAUGUGUUCCUCAAGUGCCUCAAUGAUCGAAAAUAUGAACUGGAAGCCAGUCAAGUGGAAUUGCUGCUGGAGCUGCAUUGUAAAAUGGAGUCGCCAGCUGUUGUCGAGGAAUUCAUAUGCUCCAAUUCAGGCUAUCGUUUGGAGCAGGCCAUUGCCAUAGCUGAACGCCAUCACCUAAACCGAUCUGUGAUUUAUCUGUAUGAGAAGCAAGAGAGCUAUGCGAAAGCCUUUGAGUUGUCCAUGGAUUUGCUCAAAUCCUUAACUGGUGAAGAAGCAGCCCAUGAAGCCCAGAUCAUAACGGCUCUUUUGGCUCGGUCUGUAGAUACGCUACCAGCUCAGGAACUGGAGCGCUGUUGGUUUGUUCUAUUGCAAUAUAUCCUGCCCCAUCCGGAUUUGCAGUCCGUCACCAAAUCUCUGCUGCACGAAGCCUCGCAGCACAUCGAUCUACAUAAUUUGGUUCAGUUGAUUAUGAAUACCCACAAUGUGUCAAGUAGUUUUGGUGAUAUUAAGGAUCUGCUGAUGGGCAUGCUGGAUAGCUCAAGGCAUCAAACGGAGGCUUUGCGAGGUUCUGCUGAAAUGUUGUGCCAAGAUCUUCACCGGAUGUUUGAAAAACAGUAUCAAGAUGCGCGUCGUGGUCUGUGGGUGACCACUACCAAGUGUUCCGUGUGUCGCCAACGGCUGUACGAUCACAGCCAGGUGCUAAUCUUGGGCGGAUGUGGUCAUGGCUUGCAUGAGGAGUGCAUGGAGGAGGCGGAGACUCAGUUUGAAGAAUGUCCACGGUGCUUUACGGCUAUUCCGGAUCAAACUUUAGGUUUGCCGCGGCCAAAUAAAAAUCUAAUCAGCAUUUCCACGUCUCUGGAAAUGGGGGCGUUGCAACUGAAAGCACCGCCCAGGCGGUUUAUUUAGUUUGCUUCAUGCUUUUUUGUAUAUUCCAUUUAUUCCUCUAUGUAUUUAUUGUACAACUCUGUGUAUUGUAUGUGUAAGUAAAGAAAUUGCAUGACAAA